GAAAGUCAUAAUACCGUUGAUAUCACCAAUCAAUCAUUUCCAUGGCACAGCUAACACCUAUUUCUGGGUUUGUAAACACCCCUAUAACCAGAACAAUAUGCAUACUAUCAACAUUCCUAGCAUUAUCCCUUUCAAUACUACAGUGGAAACAUUACGUGAAGUUAUCCAUAGAUCCGUACAUAAUUGAAUAUUCCCAAUUCUGGCGAAUAUUAACAUAUCAACUUGCAGUAGUCAAUGAAUCCGAUUUCUUAUUAACGAUAUUAUUGUGGUUUCAAUUCAAAGUAUUGGAAAGAUUCUACGGAUCAAGAAAGUAUUUAUCGAUCAUAGUAUUAUUUGCCGUCUAUAAUGCUGUGGCGUGUCUUUUGUUAAUGAGUAUAGGACAAUUGCUUUGGUAUUAUGCCAAUUACUUUGUCAAGAGCACUAUCUUGCACUAUGAUCCUUCUGAAAUACACUAUACCGACACGAUCUUGAAUGAGAUCAUACCAGGACCACUAGGAGUGCUUUCUUCGUUAUACGUCAGUUAUGGAUCAUAUAUUCCACUCAUGUAUCAUUUUAAGAUCUUAUUGACCGAACCUGAAACUAAUGAGGAAGGUCAACCGGUUGAGGAAUCUGGAUCAAGCAAAGAACUUAAUUUAACCAACAAGUUCCCCGUUCAUGUUCUUUACACGCUUUUAAUACUAAACAAUGGGUUUGAAUCGAUUGUUCCUUGUACUGUGGGGUUGAUAUUAGGGAGGUUGCACACAUAUGAUCUCUUGCCAGGUGGGAAGUCAUGGUUUAUACCAAACCCAAUAUUUCAAUUCAUUGCUCAUCCCCUUAGAAGAAUUAACAAUUGGAUCGGCGGAGCACAAAGAAGGCUUACAAGGAGAAGAAGUUACCAAUCACUUUCUACAGAAGUUCCACCAGUUCAGGAAGAAACCUCUCGUGACCAAUUCGACAAUAAUGAAGAACCUGAAGAAAAUGAUGAAGUUUUGGACGAAGAGAGACAACGUGAGAGGCAGAUCAGAGCGGAAACGCCGGUUAGACCAUUAGGUAGUCAAUUUCUUGAUACUUUUAGAACCUAGAGUUAUAAAAUUAAUAUACAGCAUUAAACUACUUUAACUUCUUUCUUCUUUCAACGUCCCAGUUGUACAAUCUUGCAGUGUUCACUUCCAUGGUUGUUAUAUUCUCUUUCAAAAACUCUAAGUCUUCCUUGACAAUUUUCAAUUGUUCAUUAUUCUUUUCUAAACGUUCAUCUAACAAUUGAACAGCUUCAUCCAAGGGGUAUUCAAGCAUGACAUCGGCACCAAGCCAUAAAUACACAGAUUCUAGCUUUUCAACAUCAAUAGUUGCUUUAGUAUACAAAGUAUCAUUCAAUUCAUAAUUGGGCAUAACCCCCCUACUAGUUUCUUUUAAUGACAUUAUUUUGAAGGGAAUGAAAAGGAUAAGGGGUGUUAUAGUAAAUUACUAGCCAUAGUGUUUAUAAUAAGAUAAGCUAUAUAGUAAGAUUUUAAGCAGAACCAUAACCAGUUUGGUUUUGUUUUUGUCUAUGGUCAAUAGAGUUCAAGACAGCUUCAGCAGCCUUAACACCGGAAAGAGCCAUGGCACCAAAAGUAGGACCCAUUCUGUUUGAACCAUCAACCUCAGCCAAUUCCAUACCAGCAAUAACCAAACCAGGAACAACUUCUCUGGUACCUUUAACAAUAGCAUCUUCGGCCUUGUUCAUGUCAAGACCUCUCAUACCACCUAAUUGGAACCCGUCAGCUGGAGCGGUGGCAGUAGUGUUUUGUUCCAGUUGUGGUUUGAAAC